AUGAUUGUUGACUUUUCAUUUAUUGUUUAUUUGCUCACAUCUUAUUUAACAUUAUCAAUUGGGAAGGAUGAACGAAUGUCAAGUUAUCAUAAUCGCAGAAUUAAGCUUCUCGACAGCUUCCGCAUUAAGUAUUUAGAAGUAUUUAGUGAUCAUAUAGAUAGUUCAUGCGAAGGAAUUAAACUGUUGACUUUUUCGGGAUAUUUAAGUUAUGAUUUGUGA